AAAUCUGCAUAACAACAAAAGAAUUUCAAUAGUUAAAGAAAUGAGUCAAACAUCUCUGAAACAGAAAAAGAAGAAUGAGACUGGACCGAGGUACUCAAAAGACAGCCUAGAAGUAGACAAAUCUAGAAAGGAUUCUGAGAAAUCAGGAGUUCGUCUGAGCACUCAGGGAUCACGAGAAUUAACCUUGCUGAAGACAGACUCUCGAGGGUACCUAGUGAGAAAUCAGUGGUCUCGAACUUCACGGAGCCCAUCCACCAGAGCUCCAUCAGGAGGUGAGUCCAGAAGCAAGAACACAAGUCUUAAGGCCCCCAGUAGCUCCAAGACCUCCCGGACUUCAUUCACCUCCCCUAGCCAUCAAGAGUCACCAAAGCCGCUGUCAGCGCAGCGCUCGCCACCCACACCAACCAUGCCGCUCGACUCACGUUCUUCCACGACCCCGGAGACAGCUCCAGACGGGUCCCGGCGCAGCACCAAGAUGGCUGAGAAUUCCGACGCCUGGUCUCCCGGCCUGGGGCGGGAAAUCCUAGCGGGCCAGUACACACGAGAGUUGCGGGACUCGCGAGAUUCCAGGGACACGCACCAGCGGGAAUAUCCGCGCACGCCCCCCACUGAAAGGAAAUCCUAUGCCCAGCGCAGGGAUCUCUACCCGUCAAAGCUGGAUCAAGACUGUAUGCCUGCCAGGCAACGAGAGGAAGAGGCGGACGAGGACGAUGCCUACUGGGCAUCCGUGAGAACACUGUACGAGAAGUCACCGAGCUGCUCGCUCCCCAGGCCGCCCAAACCCAAGCAUGCCAUCACCAUCGCUGUGUCAUCCCGUGCGCUCUUCAACACGGUGGACGGCAGGAAAAUCUACAAGGAAGAGGGUCUGGAAAAGUACAUGGAGUAUCAGCUUUUCAAUGAGAAUGUCGUGCUGGCCCCAGGGCCGGCCUUCCACUUUGUCAAGGCACUGCAGCACGUCAAUGCUAGACUCCGUGAGCUGUAUCCUGAUGAACAGGACUUAUUUGAUAUUGUUCUGAUGACUAAUAACCAUGCCCAAGUGGGAGUGCGGCUUAUAAACAGCGUCAAUCACUAUGGAUUACUAAUUGACCGGUUCUGUCUGACUGGUGGAAAAAGCCCCAUUGGCUAUUUGAAGGCAUAUCUUACCAACUUGUAUCUUUCUGCGGAUUCUGAAAAAGUACAAGAAGCAAUACAAGAAGGGAUCGCCUCUGCAACAAUGUUUGAUGGAGCCAAAGACAUGGCUUACUGUGACACACAGCUCCGUGUCGCCUUUGAUGGGGAUGCCGUCCUCUUUUCUGAUGAGUCUGACCAUAUUACCAAGGAACACGGGCUGGACAAAUUCUUUCAACAUGAAGCACUAUUUGAGAAUAAGCCUCUUGCUCAGGGUCCCUUGAAAGGCUUUCUGGAAGAGUUAGGCAGACUGCAAAAGAAGUUUUAUGCCAGAGACGAAAGGUUAUGUUGCCCUAUCAGGACCUACCUGGUUACAGCUAGGAGUGCAGCCAGUUCAGGCGCCCGCAUGCUGAAAACCCUUCGCCGCUGUCUAGGGAUAGACGAAGCUCUUUUCCUUGCUGGAGCCCCCAAAGGUCCCAUCUCGGUUAAGAUAAGGCCCCACAUCUUCUUUGAUGACCACAUGUUCCACAUUGAAGGGGCACAGAAAUUUGGCACCAUCACAGCUCAUGUACCUUAUGGAAUUAAUCAAAAAGAGAACAAUUAGGGAUGGGAAGGGGAAAUAAAGCAGUGAUUCUGGUAUUAUGGAAGCCACAUCUUGUGGAUCUCUAGGGCAAUUAGGUAUUUCAGUAGAUUAGACCUCAGAACUUUGUUCAUUUGGAAAGGUUUUCUCUUCAGUUUUUUAAAACAUUUUGAACUCUCAAGUUACCUUCAAGCUACUUCUCUUGGAGCUGUCAAUGCUGCUAAUGACAUUGCAACACCUCUGGGUGUAAGUCAUAAUGAUGACUCUUUAGAAUAAUUUUAGAACGUGAAUCCUUGAAUGCUUAAAGGACUAUGUCAGAAGCCUACUUAGUUUUACAAAGCAUUGCUCAUUUAUGGAUGUUGGUAGCUAGAAUGAAUCAUUACCCAUCAUCAUUAUAGAAUAGUGGGUCUUCACAAGUGGAAAGAGAAGGGUUAAGUACACUCUUGAAAACUGGAGCUUUUUAGUCUGUUGCCUCUGUGAACAGCCUUUUAAUCAAUGCAAAAAUGAAAAUACCACUCUACCUGCGUGAGUAUUCCAAUUUUGACAUUGCUUAUUCAGAAAUAAAUCAGUUAUUCAUACAGGUUACUUUCAUCUAAGAUGAGCUCCAGACAGAACCUCCUGGAAGGGUUCUUUGAAGCUUAUUUCCUGAGUUCAUUGCCUCUGGACUACAAGGCUUCAUAUUUGAAGUCUCUGGCUUUGGGCCCAGCAGGUAGUCCAAUGUUUAUAUGGGGAA